AUGGACGAUGGAGACAUAUUUGGUUGGUGGUGUGACAAUUGGAAAGCGUGGCGCUACAUGGUGUCCUGUGCCAGCUACAGCAAUAGUUCGUCUUCGCUCCUUUGGGGCCCCGAUGUGCUGUGCCGGUUUGAUGACGAAAGUGUACGAACAAGCACAACCACCGCCACGGGUGAUGGUGCGGUUGAGCUACGGACAGGAAAUAGUACGGCGCCGAUCAGCCUUUACAAGGCAGCAACACAGUGCUAUCAAUCGUUUAAGUGUGCCCUGCAUUCCUUGCUUUCCGGUAGUGAACGACAAACCGAGGAAGUGCGGUGGAACGAUGCGUUGUACGAGUGUGCCCCCGAACCGGUAUCGCCGGGCAGUUGGCAGCUACCGGCCACAGGCUGCAGUGUGACCGCCUCCCACAACAUAACGCUGAUCGUGCGCCAAGUAUUCCAACCAGUGUCGGAACUGAUCCUGAAGCUACCGAAGCUCUUACUUCAGCUGACCGAAGUCAGCUACGGUAGUUUAGAACCGAUCGAUUCCGAUCGUAUGAUAGCUGGAGGUUGCUGGAACGCUUCGCAAGCUCUCUUUUACGGUGACACUGGCCGGUUGUUACAGCAACCUGACCCUGUUCCACAAUCAUCCCACUUAUCGCGCCCCCCUACCCCUACUGUGCAGUCCCAUCGGCUUGUCUGCGGCAAUGCAACCGGUGCCCAGAGUUCGUUCUUCGAAAGUGACGCGUUUGAAUUGGUGAGUGUGUCACUGCUCGAGCCGAUCCAGUGCUGGAUGAAUAUUGAACUGCAGAAUGCACUGGUGAGCCAUUCGUGGCUAAACGGUGUGGAGCAUUCGGUAGCUGCUUUGGCGAGCUGGAACCAGACGCAGUUCAUCGAUGAGAUGCCAGUCGGUGGUGAUGCGGCCCAGGACCGUUACGAGUGGAGUUUCCUAUUUGUUAUUUUAUUCAUAUUUGCCGGUGGGCUAGGGAACAUUCUCGUCUGCCUAGCAGUGGCGCUCGAUCGCAAACUGCAGAAUGUCACCAACUACUUUCUGCUGUCGCUUGCCAUUGCGGAUCUGCUCGUCAGCUUGUUUGUGAUGCCACUAGGUGCCAUUCCUGGAUUUUUAGGUUAUUGGCCUUUUGGAGUCACGUGGUGCAACAUCUACGUUACCUGUGAUGUGCUGGCCUGUUCGGCGAGCAUCCUGCACAUGUGCUUCAUUAGUCUCGGCCGUUACCUGGGGAUUCGGAAUCCGCUUGGCAGUCGCCAUCAUUCGACAAAGCGCUUGACGGGAAUAAAGAUUGCAUUAGUAUGGCUGUUGGCGAUGCUAGUCUCGAGCUCGAUAACCGUUCUAGGCAUGAUCAACCAAAACAACAUCAUGCCCGGCCCAAACGAAUGUGUCAUCAAUAAUCGAGCAUUCUUCGUGUUCGGCUCGCUGGUAGCAUUUUACAUCCCCAUGGUGAUGAUGGUCGUAACGUACGCUCUGACCGUGCAGCUCCUUCGCAAAAAGGCGCGGUUUCUCGAACAGCAUCCGGAGGGCGAACUAUUCCGAAGACUGGGAGGACGCUUGGCAUCUUCCAAACACUCCAAUAACUCUCAAAGUGAUGGCUCCUCCACUUCUAAUAAAGCGGUCGAGAUGAAGAAAUUCACCGUCAAUAACAAUAAGCAGCCGGCAUUUUCGCAGCACGACUCUUCGCCACCAUCUUCACUGCCGUCGGUGGCAGCGGCGCAUAGUGCGCUUCCUUGGCGGUGGCAUGGCGCCACUACCGGCACCAGUAAAUUAGACAGAAUGAGCUCAAUCAAAGGCAGCAUCUCGCAUCCGCACCUUGGUUACAGUAACGGCGGAAACCGCACGAUCACUGGCGGUGGCAAACGCUCCCGGACCGUCUGUGACCAGGGCACCCAAACGCCGGACAGCAUCGAGCGUGAAACGAGGCGCCAAAAAUUCUGCUCCUUCCGGAUACACCUCAACAGCGUCCCGACGCCAGCGAUAAAUUUCAAUUUGAAGUUUCUUGGCAGCAAAAAGCGCACCAACUUAUCGGCGAACGCGGUCGCUACGGAGCAGAAGGCCACCAAGGUUUUAGGUUUAGUAUUUUUCACAUUCGUAUUUUGCUGGGCCCCGUUCUUUAUUCUAAACAUUAUAUUCGCCGCGUGCCCAGGGGCAAAGGUUCCGGAGAGGAUUGUCAGCAUAUGUCUCUGGUUAGGUUAUGUUUCGUCGACGAUAAAUCCUAUUAUUUACACGAUCUUCAACAAAACGUUCCGGGCGGCGUUUAUUCGUCUGCUGCGCUGCAGAUGCGAACGCUCUGGACGACCACCAAGAUAUCGAUCGGUUACGGAUAGCCGCGGUGCGAUUAGUCUCUGCACACCGUCAGCCUUACCGUUAGCCAUAUCACUGCAAGGAUCAUCACUACUCACUCCUUCUACUACGCAGGCCACUCCGCUAAGCGACUUUCGCGGAAGUUACGAAAUCACGGACGACGAUUGUUGA